UUAAUUACCCGGAUGCGGAAGUACUACUUCUUUUCUGUUUCAAGUCCUUCGAGCGUUGAGUUCAGCGACUUGGCAGUCGCCAGAAGCCGUCGCUAUGCCUCGCAAAAUUGAAGAGAUCAAAGACUUCCUAUUGACAGCCAGGAGAAAAGAUGCAAAAUCUGUCAAGAUUAAAAAAAACAAGGAUAAUGUGAAAUUCAAGGUGCGAUGCAGCCGGUAUCUGUAUACACUCGUCAUCACAGACAAGGAAAAGGCUGAAAAGUUGAAGCAGUCUCUGCCACCAGGUUUGGCUGUGAAGGAGCUGAAGUGAAUCUUGGUCAUGCCUGCAGUUUAGCCCAUGGAUUAUAAUAAAGGAAUUAAUUGUUCUUUC